CCUCGGCCGGGCUUUUUUUGUGCUAUCGUUACCCGGCGCAGGAAAGUGUCUGUUCUGUGUGCUCGCUAACGUUCGCAGUGCCACCCGUGUGCUAAGCGCGUGUGCUUUCAGGGCCGGCAGCUGUCAUCUCUGUGUGAAAUCUUUAGCGCCCUGCUAUGUUCCGCCGCGUGGCGUACUCCGUGCUCGGCCGUGGCGUGCCCGUGCCGUAUUUUAGGGUCCAGUCGUAGCGAAAUGCUGAAUUACUGCCGCAUAAAUAUAUUUUUGUUGGUCGCGUAGUGUUAAUAACUCCACCGCGAGUGCCUUUAGAAGCCGUUCCGUGUCGCUGAAUGAAGUGCGCCCACGUGCAUUUGUUGUAUACAUCUCAUCAAGAUUAAAUUACACACCGGUUCUUGCUCAAGUAAUGAAUAUCUCGUGUCCAUACGCAAUGUAGAAUUUUUGUAGUCGGAAGACAAUUUUCGUACUAGAUAAUAGCCAACGGUAGAGAAAAAGGAGUAGCUUUAACACUAUCGCUAGAAAGCAUCUCGUAAUAAUUGUGGAGCUACAGAAUAUGCACGCAAAGCACACAGAAUAGUACGAAGCAUUGACGAUAGGUCGGUUGUCUUAGCAAGAAUGUGCUGACAGCGACUGUUGCCGCCACUACUUGUAAAUUUAAGGACAGUGCCUAUGCCGUCAACGCUUGUGAAUGAUUGUAGUGAUCUCUCAUGACGAUAGCAGCGAAUAGUUUUGAAGCUGUUCGGUCCGACCCCAUGUGGCCCAACAGCCUGGCGGCCGGGUGCAACCCGGAUGGCGACCUGGCGUUCCCGCCGUUCAGCAGCCCCUGCGGCUCGGGCUCGAGCGCCACCAGCAUGGCCUACCUCAAGAGCUCGCCCUACUCCGUCAAUGGCAUCGGCCUGCCCAUGCCCUCCAUGGACUCGCUGCAUUCCAGCAUGGGCUACCCCUCCGCUGCCAACCCUCGGAAGCAGCGCAGGGAGCGCACGACGUUCACGCGCGCCCAGCUGGACGUUCUGGAGGCGCUGUUCGCCAAGACGCGCUACCCGGACAUCUUCAUGAGGGAGGAGGUGGCCCUCAAGAUCAACCUCCCGGAGUCCAGGGUACAGGUGUGGUUCAAAAACCGGCGCGCCAAAUGCCGGCAGCAGCAGAAGCAGCAGCACCAGCAGCAGCAACAGAACGGCGGUGACAAGGGCGGCGGAGGCGGCGGUACGGGCGGCGGCCGCUCGGGCGGGGGCGGCGCGGCCAAGGCCGGCAAGGCGGCGUGCGGGGGCGGCGCCAGCAACAAGUCGCCGUCGCCCGGGUCGGCGGCAGGGCCGGGCGCGGUGCAGCAGGCCCCGCAGCCGCCGGGGGCGGUGGUGGUGUCGCCGCAGACGACGAGCGACGGCUCGGCCACCAGCUCGCCCAGCGUAGCGGCGGCGCGCGACUCGCCCGGCGCCGGCGCCUACAUCAAGCCGCUGCAGCUGUCCGCGUCGCCCCCGGGGGGCGGCUACAACCCGGCCGCCAUCUGGAGUCCCGCCGCUAUCGACUCCUGCCUGGACCAGCCGCACCACCACCGCCCGGCCGUCCCGGCGCCACCCCCACCGCCUCCGCAGCAACCAUACGCCGCCCCUGGCGCCACCACCGCGGGCACAGGCGCGGGUUCUGCCGCCGCCCAGGCCGCUAACUGCUACCCGCACCAAAACUAUGGCGCGUACUACACCAACAUGGACUACCUCAGCCCGGUAGCGAUGUCUCACUCGCAGCUAAACGUGCCGGAGAAUUCCUUAGAGACUUCUUGGGCAAAAAGCAGAGAAGAAUCUUGGUUUUAUAAUUCAUCUGGCUGGGACAGAAAAUGAGAUUUGUUGUUCACAGUUAGUCUAGUUCCAAGAUGACCUCAGUAUACACAAAACCAAGGUGACCUCUUCCACACCUGGCAGCAUGGAAAUGACCUGUAGGCAUUGCCAGGAAUCAUCAUAGGAUUCAGAGACAAUACAGUCCAUUGUGGCCAGUUUUUGGGGCAAAUAGUUCAUAAUUAUGAAGUUGGCAAAAGUGAUUUGAAAUUAAAAAGAACUGGAGGUAUUUAAACAUCUUUGUCAAUAACUUGUACAGGUUGCCUCACACAGAAAAUUGUUUUUAUCUUGUUUUUUAAAACAUGUAUCACAACACUGUCACCCUAAAGUUAUUUUUACAUAUGCUCAUAAAUAAAUGUAAUGAGUCUACUAUCACUGGAAACACUGUGAUAUGUCAAAGACUUGCCACUUUUUCCUCUAAGCAAGGUAAUAAAUGAAGAAAUGUCAUUUACUUUGACCUAAAUGUCAGGAUGAACAAUUUGAAAAUUAUUUCCCUAACUGUUUCAGUGUCUUAAAUGAUGUAAUUUUACUAUCAAUUUUCAAAUAGCUUAUCUUAUUACCUUAGCUUUUUUCAUUUGGGAUGCUGAUUUGUGUCCACUUAAUUUCAAGGUGUAUAUUUACAUACAUAUCAUUCUUACAGUAUUCUUCCAAGCCUUUUUAUGGAAAAAGUACAAAAUUUUUACUUGUAUAUAACAGAAGUGAUGCCCACACACACACACACACACACACACACACACACACACACACACACACACACACACACAAACUAUUAAACUAUUGGGUGGGGGGUGACAGUGAGUACCUUAGGUUUAGGCCAGGGAGGUUACGGGAGCAAAGUACAUGUUGUAAAAAUAGCUCCCAUCUGUGCAGCUCAGGAAAGCUGAUGACGGUGGGGAGGAUUCAGAUGGCACAGGUUGUGAAGCAGCCACUGACAUCUUGCAUGUUGUGCUCUGCUGCAUGUUGUGUCACUGGGUGUUCUACUUUGUUUUUUGCAGCAGUUUCGUGUUGGCCAUUCAUUCUAGUUGACAGCUGGUUGAUUGUAAUACCAACAUAAAAUGCUGUGCAGUGGUUGCAGCAGAGCUGGUACACGACAUGGCUGCUUUCACAGGUGGUCCAGCCUCUGAUGGGGUAGAAUAAGUCUGUGAUGGGACUGGAGUAGGAGCUGCUUCACAAACCAUGCCAUCUGUAUCCUCCACACCACCACCAGCUUUUCUGAGCUGUGUGGGUGGGAGCUGUCCUUACAACCCAUCCUCCGCCCUUGUAACCUCACUGGCCUAAACCUAAGGUUACUCACUGUCCUCCCACUGCCCACCCAAUAGUGUGUGUGUGUACAUACACGAUUCCCUGUCCCAGUACCACCAUCCAAUACGUAUCAGCUAGCUGUGUGCUGCAGUUCGCCAUCUCUCACCCUAGUCUGUGAAACUGUAUUCCCUGCCAUCUGCCACCUGCCCCCUCUACCUGCACCCCUAGCUAGCCUACAGAUGGCUCCUCACUUUCCCACAAGCUGCUAGACACUUACCCCCAACCACCUCCCUGCCUCCUGCCUCUCUCCAUCCCUCACCCCACUCCAACUUGUACUCCCCAACCCCCUCCUCACCCUAGUACACAUCAUGGGCCAAGAAAGAGCUGGCAGUCGACUGAGACAGGCAUGUGCAAAUGAGUACUGGUGAUCUUCACCAAGAAUAAAGAGCAGCUAGAACAAUGGGCAUGCCAUUCUAUCCCUCCAAGUACUGCGACAAAGAAAGGUCACACUAAACUUACAGUGAGGCCAAUAGCUCAAUCACAGGCUGUGCACCAUAGACUUUACUGUUUCUUUUUCCUUCUGUGACAGUUGUGAUACAAACACGCAAGUUUUCAGGUUGCACUGUGAUUACUUCUGGUUUCUGCAUUUCAACACAUAUGCGCAUAAUACAAUAUAACUAAGGUGAAAGUGCAAAACUUACAUAAUUAAGUUUGAGAAGAAGGAGGUAGGUACUGGCAGACCUGAAGCUUUUGUGUUCAGGUCAUGAGUUGUAGAGGGAUAGCUCAAUUGGAUUUGAGUCCCAGUCCAGGGUACAAUUUUCAUUUGCCAGCAAGGUUCUAAGCAAAACUUACUUGUUUGCAACUACUCUGGAUGUUUUUAAUAAAUGUAGUGUAAUGAGUGUAUUUUCACGGCAAAAUAUAACAUCAUUCCCAUAGAUUUCAAGCGUGGAAUAUUUGCAGUUGUGAAUGUACUGCUGAAGUAUAUCUACAAAAUGAUGAAUGUGUGAAGACUUAUGUAGUCUCUCACAAACAGCUACACUGGCUGUUUUUAACAUGCUAAUGUAAAUUAUCAUAUUCAAGAGAAAAAAAAAACAA